AUGGCAUUUGUAUAUUAAGCUUAACGAGAUCUCAACCAAUUAUUGACAUCUGUGCCAACUAAUGUACUCUCAUUAUUCUAUUCAUAACAGGUGGGUCCAGGUUCCUAUGGGAAACAAAAGAAAAAGCUAAUCAAAUAAUCAGUAGCUCCUUUCAAUACACAAUCUACCAGACUCAAUCCAUUAAAAAACUCCUCAUUUCCAGGUCCUGGGAGUUACAAUGUCAAUUUGGCUAAUGCAGGGUAGAAAGUGCUGCUUCAAUCCAAUCAAUCAGAACUUAAGAUUCUCGAAAUACACAAAUAACAGUCAGUUUUUGCAUCCAAAUGUAAGCGCUUUUAAGAAGUUAAUACAAGCGAUACUCCAGGUCCUGGUUCAUACAAACCAGAAGCAAAUUAACGACAACAUUAUCAAAAGGGAUCAUCUGAAUAUUUUAUAGAGUCACUAUUGAAAUUAAAUAGAAAUAAAUCAAUACCAUCAAUCCCAUCCAACGAAUAAGCGUAUGGUUAUGAUGAUAGUGGAACACUGUAAUUAAAUAAGAGUCCCCAAGACAUCAUUACAGGAUUAAAGAAUGACUCAGUGGGACCUGGUCACUAUGAUCUUAGGAACUCUUUCGAUUUAAAUAAAGAGAAGGGUCACAAUUGGCAUUCCUCUAAACAACCAAAACUUGCUCCUGUUGUUUCCAAAGAUUAAAAAAUGAUAGUUGGACCAGGAGCAUAUGCUAUUGAAAAUGAGAGUCAACCCUUAUAUAAAUUGUUGCCAUCAGGAUCCUUUCAAUCCAAUACAUCUAGAUUCAAUAAUUUAGACAAGGGACAAAGAAGCAAAGAAAUCCUUAGACUUUAAUUUGAGAAGAAGAAAUCAAAAUUGCUACAAGAUUCAUAAUUUGAAGAUUUGAAAGAUGAAUAAUUUGAUAUCUCUCAAAAUGAUGGACCUGGCCCAGGAUAUUAUUUUAAAGAUCAUAGUACUGUUUCAACUAUAUCAACUUCUAAAUUGGAAACACAAUGUUUUGGAUCAAAAUUGAAAAGAUUUCAAAGUGAUUCAAAUUAAAUAACCGUUGGUCCUGGAGACUAUAAAAUUGAAACUUAACUAUCAAAUAGCAGUCUUGCAUUAAAGCAACCACCCUUUUUAUCCUCUAAUACUCGAUUUGAACAACAACAUUUCAAUAGGAAGGUUGGCCCACAAUCUUACCACAUUAAUAAAAGUUUGGAAUAUGAUUUGAUUAAAAAACUCGAAAGAUCUCCUGUUGGUAAAUUUGGAUAGAAUUAACCUAGAUUUGUGAAUGAUCAAAGUAAAGAAGAAUUGCCUGGUCCAGGUUUCUAUGACUAUUUAUAGUAAUCCACCUAACAAGGAGCUCAAACUAUGUUUAAGUCUUAAACUAAGAGGAUUGAUCCAACCCUAUUAAAUAAAUCAGAAAUACCAGCCCCUAGCUAAUACAAUCCCAGAAAUCACACAAUCGAAUAUAACAUAAAGAAAGCUGCAGAGGAUCUUGAAUUUGAUAUCAAUAGACCUCCCUUUUAAUCUUCAGCUCCUCGAUUUAAAAGUAAUGUGGAUGUCAAAAUUGAUGAAUUGGAUGAAGAUCUUUAUUUGAAAAAAUAGAAUCAAAAAAAAGAAGAGCACAAGAUUCCGUAUAAAUAGAAAUAGCAACCGCCUCCAUUUAAUGUGCAAGAAAAACGAUUUUAAUAUGGUAAACUAACUGUUUAAUCUCCCGGUCCUGGAGAAUAUAAUGAGUCCACUUAAAUUUCAUGGGACAAACCAUCAUUCAAUGUUCAAUAUUCUUAAUUUUGA